AUCCAACUCCUGGUUACAUGUAAAUGAAGAAGCCAUUUCACUCAUAACAUCUGCUAUGCUGCAUCCUGUGGAUAAAACAGUUUCUAGUGAAACACUUCGUCCUUAUCUUGCUGAUGGUUCGGCUCCAAGAAAUUAUCUUAUUUCGAAGUCAGAUAAACGUUUAAUUCCUUCUAAAAAAGUUGGAAACACUUAUGAUGAGCAAUAUGGUGAUAUAUCUAAAUCUGUGCUCAGUGAAUCUGAAAUGGAGGCAUUAAAAACUACUGGUAAACUGGGUCAGAAGAAAAGAAGAAUACGUUUGUUUACUGCCAAACGUCCACAUCCAAAUGAUAUAUUUUUCUACAAAUUAACAGAUAAGCAUACUCUUGUUGAUGAGAUCAAGGAGACAAUGCCAGAUUUUGGUGGACCAUUCAGCAGGCUUCCAGAACCUUAUCUCAGUAAGAUGAGAGAAUAUCAAGAGAUGAAACGCAGAGCUCAACCACGAAUACGUGUUCAACCACCUCCGCGUCGCUGGCGUUGAUCGGAUAUAUCUACGAUCCAAUUUAGCAAUGACCUGCAAUUUCUGCUUUGAAUUCGUGAUAAAACACACUGUACAGAAAUAAAAAUGUUG